AUGGCAUUAUCAUAAAUCUAUUACAACUCAGUUAAACCAAUCUGAUUUUGACGUUUAUCUGCAACAGCCUACAAAAGAGAGCUCGCCAGAAGUUGUCGUAUUUACCAAAGCGGAUAUAGCAAGGACAAUAUGGGUAAUGCUUAUGCACGUGCUAUUAAGCCAGAUGUGACGCCCGGCCCUGACUGUGUGCCCUCAUUUGAUCCAAUGUUGGGUUUUGAGUCGCGCAAGGAACGUGUCAUGAUCGCCACGGCCGAAGAGAUGGAAUCUGCAAAACUACCACUGGAAGAUCGAGACUACUGUGCACACAAGCUGUUAAAGUAUCGUGCAUGCCGCGCCGAUACCUUCCCCUUUGUAUAUAAAUGCCAUCAUGAGAAACACGAUUAUCUCACAUGCGAAUAUGAGGACUAUGUACUCCGCAUGAAGGAGUUCGAACGCGAGCGAAGAUUACUCGAACGUCAAAAGAAGAUCGAAAAUCAACAGAGCGCCUAGGCUUUUUAGGAUAUUUAGUGGUUCAAAAAACUAUAUUACAAUUUAAUUGUAGUAAAGCAUUGCGGCUCUAGUGCCACAAAUUAAACUGCAAUGGACGCUAAAAGGUCUUGAGUAGUGUCGCAUACAAUUUUCAAGUAAAUAGUCAAUGAAAAUAUAUUCAAUAAAAAAAGAGGAUUUAAAUAAA